AAGCAGUCUCCUUGGUUUCUUUGCAGUGGGCUGCAGAAUUGUGUGGGUGGAAUUUCCUCUUAAUUCUGCAGCGUCCAUCGAUCUCCUCCUCCUCCUCCCAUCCAGACGGUACCCAGCCCCCUCUCCCCGCACAUUGACACACAUGCAUGCAUUUGCUGCUUUUUUUCUUUAGCCACUACACCGAUUUUGAGGACAAUCAUGCAGCAGAGCUCUGUCAUUAAUAAUAUUUGCCAUAAACAACAUAAGAAAUAAACUACUCCCUGGAUUACAUGAUGCAACAAGAGAAGGUGUGCAAUUUUUACCGGAAUGCCCCAUCACCGAGGACUUUUAUGUUUAUGGGACGAUGAAGACAGCAUAGAAGUUUCAUGCAAUAUUUCUCAUACGGAUGGUGUAGAUGCCAUCAAAACGAUACUUAUGUAAAUUGAACAGUUGGAAUACAUUACACCUGCUGACAUUUUGAUGCUGAGGUGACUUUGGAACAUUGCAGCAGAGAAGUGAGGAAUAUUAAAUUCACCAAGGUUCUUUCCUGUCUGCAGAAACUGGACUGUAAUUUAAAACCCAGGAAAAGAAUUUGAGCCUUGUGCUUUCAUGUACCGUUUCCUAUGCACACCCAUUUUACGAUGAGCAGUCCCUCGGAGGUGCUGAACUGGUCCUCCACUCCAAACCUGAUUGUCAACACACUAAAGGAGGAAUUCUUACUAAGCUCUGGUGAUCCAUUAAGCAAAGAUGCAUCAGGUACCCUUCUACAUCUGCCUCCUGAGAUAAUUGAAGAUUUGCCUCCAGUACAUCAAGACGACUUGGUUCUAGGUGGCAGUCCAUGUACAACAGCUCUUACUAGUGUGAGUGAGGACUUGUCUCGUGAACAACAACAGUUUGAUAACAGUGUUCUCCAGCUUCAGGAAAAUGAAGAUCUGGAGAAUUCUCUCCCUCAGGAGUAUACUGGGGGAAGUGAAGAUUGUGGGACCACUCAUACUAAUGCUACACAUACCACUGAUGACAUCAAACUUCAUUUUCAUAGGUCAGGAAAUGGAGGUGGAGGAUUUUUAGAUGGCCUCUUUGGCUGUCUUCGACCAGUAUGGAAUAUAAUUGGAAAAGCCUAUUCCACAGAUUACAAAUUGCAACAGCAAGAUAUAUGGGAAGUUCCAUUUGAGGAAAUUUCUGAACUGCAGUGGCUAGGAAGUGGAGCUCAGGGGGCCGUCUUUCUAGGCAAAUUCCACUCUGAAGAAGUGGCCAUCAAGAAGGUUCGGGAACAAAAGGAGACUGACAUCAAACAUCUCAGGAAGCUCAAGCACCCUAAUAUCAUUGCCUUCAAAGGCGUCUGUACACAAGCUCCAUGUUACUGUAUUAUUAUGGAAUACUGUGCUCAAGGUCAGUUGUAUGAAGUAUUAAGAGCAGGACGAAAGAUCACACCCCAACUCCUGGUAGAUUGGGCCACAGGAAUAGCCAGUGGCAUGAAUUAUCUUCAUCUUCAUAAGAUCAUACACAGAGACCUCAAAUCGCCAAAUGUAUUAGUCACUCACAAAGAUACAGUAAAAAUAUCAGAUUUUGGAACCUCAAAAGAGCUUAGUGACAAGAGCACCAAGAUGUCAUUUGCUGGGACUGUGGCGUGGAUGGCCCCAGAGGUUAUUCGUAAUGAGCCUGUUUCUGAGAAGGUGGAUAUUUGGUCUUUUGGUGUUGUUCUAUGGGAGUUAUUGACUGGAGAAAUUCCAUAUAAAGAUGUAGACUCUUCUGCUAUUAUCUGGGGAGUUGGAAGUAACAGUCUGCAUCUUCCUGUACCCUCUACUUGUCCCGAUGGCUUCAAAAUUUUAAUGAAACAAACUUGGCAAGGCAAGCCUCGGAACAGACCAUCCUUUCGGCAGAUUCUGCUUCAUCUUGACAUAGCAUCAGCUGAUGUGCUUGCUACACCUCAGGAAACCUACUUCAAAUCUCAGGCGGAGUGGAGAGAAGAAGUAAAAAAGCACUUUGAAAAGAUCAAGAGUGAGGGCACUUGCAUACACCGCUUAGAUGAAGAACUGAUUCGACGAAGAAGAGAUGAGCUAAGGCAUGCUCUAGAUAUUCGAGAACACUAUGAGAGGAAACUGGAAAGAGCAAACAAUCUGUAUAUGGAGUUGAGUGCAAUCAUGCUGCAGCUGGAGGUGCGAGAGAAGGAGCUUAUCAAAAGAGAGCAGGCUGUGGAAAAGAAGUACCCAGGAACUUACAAGCGUCAUCUUGUGAGACCAAUUGUUCGACCUAACACUGUAGAAAAGCUUAUCAAAAAGAAAGGCAGCAACAUCACUUACAAGACAGGAGUACAAGCCAAGCGGCCAGAUUUGCUACGUUCUGAAGGGAUACCCAGUGUUGAAGUGUUGCCAUCCCAUUCCCCAGUCUCAGGGAGCCCAAAAGUCUCAACACCACCAAGUAAGACUCGAUACCGUGGCAAGACACGUCACCGCCGUGGCAAUAGUAAGGGCAGCCACAGUGAGUUCUCAGGCAGUUUGAAAAACGUAACGGCAGAAGAGCAGCAGCCACUACAGCACAAUUACCACCAACAUCAUCAGCUCCCCCAUUCUUAUGUUCGAAGAGAAGAUUCAGUUGCCAAUUGUGCCAACAAUCUGCGAUACUUUGGCCCAGCUGCAGCUUUGAGAAGCCCACACACUGACCAUCUCCACCGACGAGUUUCUAGCUCAAGUCCUGAUCUUAUCUCUACCACCUUAGAAGCUGACUCCCGUCAGAGAGCUGCCUCAGACAGUGCUGGUCAAAGCCCUCUAUGUUCCUGUUGCCAGGCUCAUCCUUAUCAAGGCUGCUUGCACUGCCAGGAAAAUAUAAAUAUGAAAAGACAAUCUGAAAAUGGAUUCUGUACAGUCGAUCAAUUUCCAUCAUCAUCUAGCCAUCUAGGGUCCUAUGAGAAUCCGAAAGAGACAGAGCAUGCUGUGACAUCUUUGAAAGAAAAUGAGUUGGAAAAGGAUUAUAAGAAGGGAGCUACACAUGAUAUUCCACCUCAUUCAAGCAUGGCCCGAAAACUUCGGCCCCUUACAAAGAAUGGUGAAGAGUCCUCUGAAGAAGAAGAAGGAGAAGUGGAUAGUGAAGUGGAAUUUCCUCGAAGACAAAGACCUCACCGCUGCAUGAGCAGUUUCCAGUCAUAUUCUACAUUUAGCUCUGAAAACCUCUCAGUCUCAGAUGGAGAAGAAGGCAACACCAGUGACCACUCUAAUAGUGGCCCCCUUGAUGGGUUGAACAACAGUCAAGAGGAACGGCUAGAUGAGCUUUUAUCACAGACUCCAGAAUUACCCAUUGACAUAUCCACACAGUCUGAUGGACUAUCUGAUAAAGAGUGUGUUGUACGCCGGGUCAAAACACAGAUUUCCUUAGGUAAACUCUGUGCUGAUGAACACAGUUAUGAAACCUCACCACGUUUUGGGGAGUCUGAUUGUGAAUCAUCUGAAGCAGAAUGCUCUGACUCCACUGUCCGUAUCAGCAAGUCAUCUGGGGCCUGUACUUGGUGAGAACAACAGUUGCAAGUGAAAGCAUCAUCACUGAACUGAAAAUAAAAACUGCAAUAAUAAGACCACUGGUAAUGAUGUACAGAAUUUUGCCUGUACGUCUACUCCAACCUCUGUCUUUACUGUACCAAUCUUUUUCCAAAACUGAACACUGGUAUUAUUUAAUUACAUAUGGCAGGGAUCGUGUAACAUUGAUAAUUUAUUUUUCUCUGACAUAAAAAAGACUUUAUAUUCUAUUGUGUGGUGUACAUAAAUAUUAUCUGCUCCAAAACAGGAACAACCUCCUUCUGAUUAUUGAUAUUGACUCUUAAUAGCAAGGCGAAAAAAACAGGUAUGACUUGUUGCUUUUUCCAGGACCAGUCCAAUUUUGAUUUAAGUAAGCUGAAUGUGCACACAUGACCUUGCUGCUCCUGCUGCUGCUUCUGUCUACAGAAAUAAACAAUAAGAAGACUGAACCUUGUGAACUCUCUACAAAAUUCUGCAGCCCAUUCCAGUAUCAAGUGAGAAGAAAAAUACAUUUAUUUUCUCCAUUGCUUAGUCCCUCUUGAAUUAAGAAUACACUUGAAAAAGCAAUUGUGGGUUCUUUUUUUGUCCUCUUUAUGAAUGCAUUUUGUGAAAGAACAGUAAAACUUUUUUCCCAAACCACUAAAGCAUAUGUCUCCUGGACUUGCUGUGUGAAAUUACUCCCACUUUAGGAAAUCUCAUCACAUAUUGUUUUUUAUUACUUGCUGUUCUAGUUUAAUAUGGCAGGAAUCUUGCACCAAUGGGCGCAAUGCAGGAACAUUCUGUGAACUGUACUUCAGUCACCCCCGAGGAAGGGCAAACACUUUAUUACUGUACAGUCACACUAGCUUAUGCUGCGAAAGAUUAGAGUCACAGUGGAUUGUGGGAGAGUAAACAAGUCUGCAGACAAAACACACUGAAACACAGGGGGCUGGUAAGUUCAUUGUAGAGAUUUCAUUUACUAAAACCAGCGAAAUAUGUCUUUGGAGGACACCAUCAAAUCAGAUACCCUUCAUUACAACAACGUCAUUCAUUUCUUCAUGAUUUAUUUAUAAACACGAUCAAAAGUUAAUCAGUUUUUUUUUAUUUAUAGAUAUUUAUUCCAUUAUUCUGAAAGUAAAUCUAAUUAGCCUAUUAGCUGAAGUUGAGCGAAUGUUGUGUGCAGAUUCCUAUAUUUAUUAUGAAGUUACUCAUUUUAGCUAUAUUUUUUUUAAAGAUUUGUAGACCAUUUAAAUGUUUAUAAAAUGGAUAUUCACAGUAAUGAAAACGGAAUUUAUAUAUGUGUUAUCUUUAAAAAGGAUAGAAAAAUACAUCACACAGUAAAGCUGCAUUAUUAUUUUUGAACUCAAUCUAAACGGAUUCCUGUAAGAAUCUUAAAACAUGGUGUGUUACACUUAUUACCUGUAUUUUUCAGACAUGUUUUUGUGAAAUUAUGUCUUAAUUCCAUCUCAUUCAAAAACAUGUUUCAGACAUCCCAAAGCAAGUAAUCUGAAAAAAAUUGUGACUAUUAGAGAUGUCAUUUUAUUUUAUUGUUUUAUUUUUGUCUAUAAAAUCCACUUGAAAUUGUGUUAAAAUGUGGUUACUGGCAUAUGUUGUCUAACAAAUGUGGCAACCUCAUACAUUUUUUAAAUUAAACUUGGCACAAGGAAUUGGAUAAUUGGAUUGACAUUUUGCAGAAUGUUCUUGUUGCAUUCUUAAUUCUUCCUCAUAAGAAAUUUCACAUUAGUUUUAUAUGUACCUGUAAUAUCUUGCAGUGCAGAUACAUUUUCUGUCAAAUGUCAAUAUGACAAUUUUAAUUCUCUUGACACCAAACUGAAGUACAGUGUUUAAAGUACAUUAUAGUGAAUCUGCAGGUCGAGACACAUAUUCAGGUAAUCAAUUUAACCAAAGGUCUUGAUAACCAGCUUGUGGUUCCUCCAUUUUAGCCCCAGCCUGCUCUGUGUCACUUAAAUAACAAAAGCAAAAUAUACUAAAAUAACACAAUUAAUGCAACACCAGUAUUUCUAUUGUGCACAUGGGUGCUUAGUUAUGUUUUAAAAGCAACAAAAGCGUUAUCCUUUACUUGAAUGGAGGGCUUCAAUCCAUCUCAGGCAUUAAAAAAGUAUUAGUUUGAACAGUUUCUCAGCUCUUUAAAAUGAAAUCAGCUAUGUUACAGUAUGUGCCUCACCAUUCAGACCAGCGGAAUGUGGAAAGGCUGGUGAAACUGACUACAAAGCAAGUGGUCAGAGGGCUCCACUCCAGGCUUUCCCAUCCUGAAAAUUAUCAUGCUUUAUAAAAAAUCUGUACAUAACCUGUCCUGUACACACCGUGCAUUUCUGUGUGUGUGAAUGAGAGAAUAUUGAUGUCUACUAGAGCAAGGCCUCUCAGUUCUGGUUCUGGCCAUCCUUCAAGUCUUCCACUCUUUUUUAUUUGCAAAUUAUGUUUAUUAAAACACAUUGUUUUAGCAGUUCAGCUAAAGAAAAACUGUUUGUGUUGUGCAUUUGCAUGGAAUAUCAUGAAGUAUUGUUGAUUAUUUAUUAUAUUUAUUGCUGUCUGUACAUAGGAUCUGUUCAUGAUAGAAUUUAUAGUGCUACCAAACUUAAUGAAACUGGAGAUUAGGUGAGAAAAGCCUGAGAAAGCCUAUAGUCAUUUUAAAAUGUAGUUGUCUAGUUGAAAGGUCUGCAAAGCAAAACACUUGAAGGCACAUGGAUAAAUAGUCAGAAUCAGGACCAGGAUUAAAUGGCCAAGAAAUUAGCCAAGGCUGAAGACUCUCUUAGAUUUUUAGGUUCUGCCAUCCCCUAUAAUCCCACAUAAUGUAUGUUGUGCUUGUGUGUAUAAAUCUCAUGGGAAAGAGAGCUGCCAUAAUUUAAUAGAUGAUAAUUACACAUUUAUAUAGAGUUGAUUUGCUUUUUCAUUGUGCUUUGGUAAAAAUGGAAAACAGCAAUAACCGAUGCAGUGUUGAUGAAUAGGUAUCGAAAUCAUUCCAGUGGGGCAAUAAAAAUAAAGCACUCGUAACAAAUGUUUUAAAUGACCUGCUUGGACAUAUAGCCCCUUGGCUUUGACUUACAUUUAUUAGUACAUUUCUAAACUAUUGUAAUGUAUUUAUAUUACAUUUAAAUAUGGUUAUAAAUUUAGGGCAUGCACCUUUAUGUCUCUGUUGUGCAUAAGGAAAGGCUACAUAGCAAAGACCAACCCAUCAUGGCGUCCACUUUCUUUGAACUUUGAGACUAAAGCCUGUUUGUCUGAAUUUUGAAUUAUUAUCAAAUUAAAAAAAGUAGGUGAAGGCAAAACCAGUGUCAAGUUUCAUGCCGCCAUCUCACACAUUCUAUAGACUGUCUAUACCAUUUUAAAUGUUAUCUGUCAUUUGAAACUUGGGCAUUAAUAUUUUUGAUAGUAUAAUACUUGCUUUCAGAUAAGCAAUACAGUUUGGGUACAGUAGCCGUCCGUUAAAUAGCAGCUUUUGCACAGUCCUUGUAGAGAACAAAACUGACUUCAUGAAAAACACUCAGGCCUGUAUUUAACUCUGCAAGAAUUGGAAUGUGCGUCAUUGUCAUUUAUUACAUUUGUUUAUGCAGACAUUGCAAAUAAUAAAAAUAAUUUCAAAAGUCUCAUUAUUUUAUUAUAGACUAGCUGCUAAUGCAGUGCUCCACACAAUGUGAUAAUCAUUAUAAAAGUAUUAUUAACCAGGACUUCAGAUCCCCCAUGAAGUACAUUUCACAUCCAGGCUCUUGAGUUGUUGCCAUUGUAAUCUGCUUCCAGGAAACCUUAUCACUGUGCUUUGGGAGACAUUUCUGCUCUUUGAAUUAAAUUCAUAAUGCAGAACUGCCCUUUUAAAAUUGCCAUAUCCUGAGGCUUCUUAAAAAAUGACAGUUCAUUCCAAACAAUGUUACUUUUUAGAUUAGCACAAAAAAGCACCUUUAAUCCAUACCUAGCCAAUGUUUGGGGGAGGGACUGCUUAGGGUGUUGGGUUUUUCCUUGAAUUGUGUCUCCAUGAUGUAGUGUGUCACGUGUGGCCCCAAGUGAAGCGACUGUACAAAAUGCCUAAUGCUAACUGCAGCACUUUUUUUUUGUUUCCAGUGUGCACAAUAAUAAAGUGAAGAACAUGUCUUAUUGAUCGUAGAACUCUUAUGUAAAUUAUUCCAUGUAAUGUUUUAAUUUAUUUUUAAUUAUAUUGUAUGCUUAUUUUGUAGCUGGCCUACAUAGAAAUUAUUUAUGUUUUGGUGCAAAUUAUUCAGACAUCUGUAGAUCAGACCUUUUUCUUAAUUUCUUAAUAUUUUCAAAUGCAUUGCUUUUUCACAUCCCACUGAUGUUUCAUUCAUACAAGUACUGUUAAGUGCUGUAUUAUUGAAUGAUGGAAGCUGUCCUGAACGGGUCUUAGAAAGGAGUCCUAGCUGUUGCUUUGCAUUGGUAGGAGCCGUUAAUGAAGUAGACUCCCUGCUUCGUUUAGCAAUCAAGUAUCUUGCUAAUAUGCACUAUUGUAACACAAAACAAAAAAACAUACAGCCAUAAAUAUGGAGCAUUGGAUAACUAAAUGAAAUGGCUUCACCUACUAAUGUAAUGCUCUGCGUUCCUGUUAAUGAUUUUAGUUGUGUGGAAGGUCAGGACACAAGAAAUAGCAAGCGUGUUCUCAAUUUUAAAAAGUGCUUCUCUGUAUUAUUAUUAUCAAACUACCAUAGUAUUUCAUUCUGGAUAGGGAGUUUGAUUAAAUGAUCAAAGGUCUUCAAAAAGGUGUGUGCUACUGGCCAUUCUCAAGAGGUGGAUUAGCAAUGUAUCUUCAGUUUAUCUCAGUAGGUUCAGUCAAUAAGAGUACUAACCUGAGGUACAGUCAGUCACUUUUCCUCUGUAGCCUCUCCAGAUUCCUUUUUAUUUACCCUUCAAAUGGCUUCCUGAUUAAGCAAACUGGACUAUGUUUCAUAAACCAGUGUACAGUAAUGGGACCGAAUUGGAAAAUUAACGCUGCAUGGAAUAAAAGCCAGUGUACUGUACCAAA